AAGAACAAAUGUUUUAUCAAGUUAUUGUGCAUUUUUCUCUUGUUUUAUUUCCUAUUUAUACAAAACUUCGCCAUUUUAAAAGCAUCUACAUUUUGUCAUUACACUGUUGGCAAGACGCACUUCAGAAUUUUGUGAAAAUCAUCUUCAACAAACGCGCAACUUUUUGAGAAAUUUUCUCAGUUUUGUGUGAACCUUUGAAAGAAUCGGAUCGAUUUUAAAAAGUUGCAAUUGAAUUAUAUUUUUAAAAAACCCUUUACGACUUUUCGUCAUGAUGAGUAGCGCAACGAAUGGAAGUUCAGAAGUUCGUGUUUGGUGUGAUGGAUGUUACGACAUGGUUCACUUUGGACAUGCAAAUGCCCUCAGACAAGCCAAAGCGCUUGGUGACAAACUAAUUGUUGGUAUUCAUAAUGAUGCUGAGAUAACAAGACACAAAGGACCACCUGUAUUUACUCAAGAAGAACGAUACAAAAUGGUUAAAGGCAUUAAGUGGGUUGAUGAGGUGGUUGAAGAUGCUCCCUACGUUACAACACUAGAAACUCUGGACAAAUAUAAUUGUGAUUUUUGUGUACACGGAGAUGAUAUUACAAUGAGUGCUGACGGAGUGGAUUGUUAUCAUUUGGUCAAGGCUGCAGAUCGUUACAAAGAAGUUCAACGGACACAAGGAGUAUCAACGACUGACUUGGUGGGGCGCAUGCUACUGAUGACAAAGAACCAUUUCCAGAAAGGUGACUCUGAAUAUACUGUCGCUAAGGAUGAAGCUAUGCAAAACUUAAUGAAAAAAUGCAAAAUUAAUUCUGAAGGUCUGUCCAACAUUGGAAUGGAUCAUAAAGCGAAGGGAUCACCAUGGACUGGUUCAUGUCAAUUCCUACCGACGACACAAAAAAUCAGACAAUUCAGUGACGGAAGAGGUCCAUCUCCAGGUGAUAAAAUUGUUUACGUUGCGGGAGCAUUUGAUCUAUUUCACAUUGGCCACAUGGAAUUUCUUGAGAAAGCAAAAAGUUUUGGUGACUUUGUUAUUGUUGGACUUCAUACAGAUCUGGUUGUCAACAAAUAUAAGGGCGGAAAUUAUCCAAUUAUGAAUAUCCACGAGCGCGUUUUGAGUGUUCUUGCAUGUAAAUAUGUAAAUGAAGUCGUUAUCGGAGCGCCUUAUGAAGUAAGCAAAGAACUAAUGGAUCAUUGCAAAGUUGACGUUGUUGUUCAUGGGCAAACAUACAUACCAUCAGAACAUGGCGAUCCGUAUGCACUCCCGAAAACAAUGGGAAAAUUUAUUUUGAUUGAUUCAGGAAGUACUGUUACUACGGAGAAAAUCGUUGAGCGAAUUAUUAAGAAUCGGUUAGAAUAUGAGCAGCGAAAUAUCAAAAAAGAAAAGAAGGAGAUUGCUGUUAUUGAAGCUCUUCAAAAAUCGCAAAAAGUUGCUGAAAAAUCUGGUUAAGCUCCUUCGAAUUAUUCCUUUAAUUCCAUUUUAUCAAAUGGCUGAUCACUAUUUUUUUAUUAAUUUCACUUAUUUUUUUGAUCGUCACAAUAUUUAAAGCUUGAUUGCUUAAAUUUAUUCCUUAUUUUAUUUGUCAAAUGAUUAACUGUUUGUUAUAUCUGUUUUUUCAUGUUGAAGUAUUUACUAUAACUUUUGUUUUUAUUUCUUAAUUUUGUACCAUAUUUUUGUCAAUAAUAAUACCUAAUAUUUAAUAUCUCGAAAGCAACAGAAAAAGGAAACGCUUAAAUAUAGUUUUUUUCCAAGCUGGGUUGAGUGUAACGAUUUAGCUUCAUAAUUGGAAAUGAUUGCCUUAAAAUGUCAAUGUUUAAGGUCAACUUUCUUCAAACAGAUUUUUUGAUUUAGACUCUAAAUUGACCUUUAAUUAACUCCCCAAGCUAAUUAUUAUGGGUGUUUAUUGUCAUGUAAUUAAGUCAUUGGAAUAAAUAUAAAUCUCAAAAAACUUUCAUAAAUUUGUUAUUAUUGAACUAUUCUUUUUCUUUAGCUAUUAAGAAAAAUUGUAAAAAAUCAUUUCGAUUAGAUUCAAAAACUUAAAAAA